ACAGCCAUUAUGUUAUCUAUGAAGUCACUCAUAAUAGUUAUGUGUAUAUAAAUCAUAGUAUAUAAAUGAUGUAGACAAAUACGAAUAAAGUAACUAUUAAUAACUAUUAGAUUGAAAUUUAAAAAUAAGAAUAAAGACAAAAUGAUAGGGAUUUUAAAUGAUUCUGACAGUGAGGAUGAAUUGCCACCUGGAUGGGAGGAAAUGACAACUAAUACUGGGAAUGUAUACUAUGUAAAUCAUUACACAAAAGGCACACAAUGGACACAUCCUAGAACUGGGCGUACAAAGAUUGUUGAAGGGGAAUUACCAUCUGGAUGGGAAAAAUGUGUAUCAGAAGAUGGUCAAGUCUUAUUUGUUGAUCAUAAGAAUCAUACAACAACCUAUACUGAUCCACGGCUUGCAUUUGCUACGGAAUAUAGAGAAUCUUCACAACCUGUAAGACAACGUUUUGAUGGUAGUAGCACAGCAUUAUCUGUUUUACAUGGUCGAGAUUUAAGGCGUAAAGUUGCCAUAGUUACAGGCGCCAAUACUGGAAUAGGAUUUGAAACAGCUAGAUCAUUAGCUUUACAUGGAUGCAAAGUUGUCUUAGCUUGUAGAAAUCUAAAAAAAGCUGAAGAAGCAAUACAAAAAAUAAAACAAGAAAGGCAAAAUGCAAUGUGUGAUAUAUUACAUUUAGAUUUGUCAUCAUUACACAGUGUUAAAGAAGCAGCAAAAAAAUUCAAGCAGAAAUAUAGAACUUUGAAUAUCCUUAUUUUAAAUGCUGGAGUCUUUGCAAUUCCUUAUCAGCUUACAAAAGAUGGUUAUGAAACAACAUUUCAAGUAAAUUAUCUUUCUCAAUUUUAUUUUACUCUUUUAUUAGAACAUCCAAUACGAAGCUGUCGUAAAUCUAGAGUAGUGAUAGUUUCAAGUGAAUCACACAGAUUUUCAUCUUUACAAACAAUAGAAGAUUUUCAUCAAUUAAUUUUGUCUCCUCCUGCAUAUAAAUAUUGGUACAUGGAAGCAUAUAAUAAUUCAAAAUUAUGUAAUAUCUUAUUUGCACAAGAAUUAGCAAACCGGUGGCCUUCUGUAAAUGUGUUUAGUUGCCAUCCUGGUAAUAUGGUCUCUUCUUCAUUGUCUCGUUAUUCAUGGAUAUUGCGGUUUUUGUUUAUGCUAGUACGACCUUUUACAAAAUCAUUGCAACAAGCUGCUAGUACAUCCGUUUUCUGUGCAACUGCACCAGAACUGGAAGGGGUAACUAAAUGCUAUUUCAAUAAUUGUUAUCGUUGUAUUCCAUCUAUCACUGCAUUAGACCCUGAACUUGCAGCAAAAUUAUGGUCUGUUAGUCAAGAAAUGAUUGUUAAUAUUAUAAAAAAGAAUGAUCUCUGGGAAGCAGCUUUAAGAUGAAAGAUAUUAUUAUAAAAAAUAGUUAUAAAUAUGCAGAAAACAGUAAAAUAUUGAAACCAAAAAGUAUUUUAAUUAGUAAGAAAUUCAUAUUAC